CCAAACACUAGCAAGCAUGUCGCGUUUCAAAAGAGGUGCCAAAGUAGAUUCCAAAGCAGGAUUCAGAACAGAUAAAGAGGAACCGGCGGUUCCAUAUGGAUUAUUGAAAACUGCCAGACAAAGCGGUCAACUGAACCUGUCUGGUCGGGGUUUGACUGAAGUACCCCAAAGUGUUUGGCGGCUGAAUCUGGACACCCCGGAAGAGGCCAAACGGAACGUGACCUUUGGUUCCGAUGACCGUUGGUGGGACCAGACAGACCUCACCAAGCUCCUGCUCUCCUCGAACAAUCUACAAGUUCUGUCAGAGGAUAUCCGUUUACUGCCUGGUCUGCUAGUUUUGGAUAUCCAUGACAACCAGCUAAGCAGCAUCCCAGCAGCAAUCGGAGAGUUGACUCAGCUACAGAAACUUACCUUGAGUCAAAACAAGCUGAAGGAGCUUCCUGUGGAGGUGUGGUCUCUGAAGAAUCUGCGAUGCCUUCACCUGCAGCACAACCAGCUAGAGGAGCUGUGUGCGGAGGUGGCUCUGCUCACCGACCUGGAGGAGAUGGACCUGUCCUCCAACCAGCUGACUUGUGUCCCGGACAGCCUGGGUAACCUGGGCAGCCUGGUGAAGCUCAGUCUGGCUAACAACCACCUGAAGAGCCUUCCUGAUGGCAUCAGCACCAUGAGGAACCUGCGCCUGCUUGACUGCACCCACAACCAGCUGGAGAGCAUCCCAUGCAUCCUGGCUGAGAUGGCAUCCCUGGAGCAGCUCUAUCUCCGACACAACCGCCUCCGCGCUCUGCCCCAACUGCCCGCCUGCCGAAGCCUUAAGGAACUACAUCUGGGCAACAACCAGAUUGAAGCCGUGGAGGCGGAGCUUCUGGAGCACCUGGGCUCCCUCAUUGUUCUAGAACUGAGGGACAACAAGGUGAAGAGCCUGCCGGAGGAGAUCUCUCUGCUGCGCAGCAUAGAGCGCCUGGAUCUUGUCAACAACGACAUAAGCACCCUGCCCAGUUCUCUAUGCCUGCUUCCUCAGCUGAAGAUGUUGACUCUGGAGGGCAACCCCUUGAGAGGCAUCAGGAGAGACAUCCUGACGAAAGGCACCAACGAGCUGCUCAGAUACCUGAGAGGGCGACUAAAAGAGGAGCCAGAUGGGCGUCCAGGGGAGGGGCCAACCACUGCCAUGACCCUGCCCAGCCAGGGUAUGGUCAACCUCCACAACGUCCGCACUCUCAAGACCCUCGACUACAGUGGGAAGCAGGAGGUGUGUGUUCCCGACGAGGUGUUUGAUACAGUGGGGGGAGAAACCGUGACAACGGUCAACUUCAGCAAGAACCAGUUCACUGCUGUGCCACCCAGGCUGGUUGAGCUGAAGGACUCGCUGUCAGACCUCAACCUGGGAUUCAACAAGCUGCCCUGCCUCUCUCUGGAACUCUGCAUGCUGCAGCAGUUGGUGCAUUUAGACCUCAGGAACAACCUCCUCACUGCCCUGCCGAUGGAGCUGGAGGCCUUGAUGAAACUGAGGAGCAUCGUCUUGUCUUUCAACAGGUUCAAGUCCUUCCCGGAGGUCCUGUACCGCGUGGUUACCCUGGACACCAUCCUGUUCAGUAACAACCAGGUGGCGGGGGUCGACGCGCUGCAGCUGCGCUCUCUGGGUCUCCUGUCCACCCUGGACCUGUCCAACAACGACCUCAUGCAGGUUCCCCCCGAGUUGGGGAACUGCACCAGUCUGAGGGCUUUGAUGUUGGACGGAAACCCGUUCCGGAACCCCAGAGCGGCGAUUGUUGCCAAGGGGACCGAAGCUCUGCUAGAGUACCUGCGUAGCAGGAUCCCGGCCUAGCCAAUCAAAUGCAAUCAGCUCAGGAGAGGUUGUGAAUGACCAACUCGUUGUUUACAAGACCUUUUGUCGAAUGAGAAGUUCUAAUCGCAUUCCAAUCCACAAACUCACUCAGUACGUACCUAUUUUUCUAGCGGUAUGUACACUAAAUCCAAUGUCCCAAAAUUUGGGGACAAAUGUUUUAACCGACUGAAAAUCUAUGGUUCUGAGUGUUUUGCCUGUGUGCCUGUUCACUUUAGAAUGUGUUCAUCAUUGAAAGACAAUCUUCCACCCACUGCAGAUAUACUGACAUUUCACACUGGGGAUUAUUUUGGCUUGUCCCAAUGAAACGUCAUGUGUUCAUGUGUGCGUUUCUGCAUGCAAUCCAUGUGGUGAUUUGUGAUGUAGUGAAUGUCUCAUGUCUGGAUGAUAUGUGUGUUGUGUACACAUCCAAUAAACAUCAAUCAGCUGA